ACGAUCCAAAACAUUAAGAUAUGGUAUAAAAUCACAGAUCAGCUCACUCUGAGUACACUUCUUGAGGAAGACCAGACUAGAAGAAGACAAACUGUUGAGAAUGCCCACCAUGAGGUGCUCUCUGCUUGUGGACUGGGUUUUGGUCUCCAUGUUGGCUGCAGCCACUGUUUCCACAUUUGAUUCAACAUUGGAUGAAGCCUGGAUCAACUGGAAAUCAUUGCAUGGGAAGCAAUAUAAAAUGGCUGAGGAGGCCUACAGAAGAGCAUUGUGGGAGGACAAUGUGAGAUACAUUGAACGGCACAACAUGGAGUAUGCAAUGGGAAAGCACACAUUCACUGUGGGAUUGAACCAAUUUGGAGAUCUGACCACGGAGGAGUUCAAUCAGCGUUUCAAUGGAUUUAAAGAAAAGGAGAUUGAUCACACAGUGUGUGAACCCUUUGCAGCAACGAAUCAUGUUAAAUUGCCUCAGAGAGUUGAUUGGAGCACAAAGGGUUUUGUUACCGGAGUGAAGAACCAGGGACUGUGUCUCUCAUGCUGGGCUUUCAGUGCAACUGGAUCACUUGAAGGACAGCUUUUUAAGAGAACAGGAAAGCUGAUUCCUCUGAGUGAGCAGAACUUGGUUGACUGUGAUCGGAAAAGCCAUGGAUGUAAUCGUGGAUUUGUACAUAGUGCUUUGGAGUAUGUAAAACAAAAUGGGAUUAACUCUGAAUUUUCCUAUUCCUACACAGCCGAGCAAGGUGAAUGCCACUUUAACAGAAGUGAUAUUGUCACCCGUUGUGCGUGUGUGAAAUGCAUUCAACAAAAUUCUGAGCAUCAACUCGCUGCAGCAGUGGCUCAGGUUGGACCCAUUUCUGUUGCUGUCGAUGCAAAUCACACAUCUUUCCAACAUUAUAAAAGCGGUAUUUAUUAUGAGCCAAACUGCAGCAGCACAAAACUUACUCAUGCAAUGCUAGUGGUUGGAUAUCAAUACGAUCAUCAGGGGAAUUAUUGGAUUGUUAAAAACAGUUAUGGAACAGAUUGGGGCAUGAAUGGCUAUAUCAAAAUGGCCAAGGACAGGGGCAAUCACUGUGGAAUCGCCAAAUAUGCACUUUACCCUGAGAUGGAAAUCUCAAAGUGCCAACGCUAACAUUGGAUAAAACCAACCAAAAAGAAUCAAUUGCUUGCCUGGUGCUGCUGAGUGUCUGUCUACUCUUUAUUAGUAUCUGUCUUGCUGCAUCUCUGCAUUGAUAAUGCUGCUUUAAUCACUUCUGGAUGUUCCAAAAGGCUUUGAUUAAUGAAGGAUAGUCACAGUUGCCGUGUGAGAAAAUACACCAUCUAAUUUGCAUAAAAAACAUAAUCAUGAUAUUAACAGCCCAAUAAUCUGUUUUACGAGAGUUUAUUCAGAAAACAUGAUGGUGAGGAAAACCUGCAAAUCCUUCUCUGUCAUGGGACUUUGUAUGUUUGUCUGAAAAAGUUUCCAUUUAACAGCUAACCUGGAAGUGAACAUGUCUAAUCCUGCACUACUCUUGUAAUAGCUUCAAUUGUAUGAUCAAAUCUCGAAAUCAAAUUUGACCUUCUGACUUUCUGCUUUAGAAAUAAGAACAUUAUCUCCUUGACAAUAUUGAUAAGACACUGACCUGUACAGAGGAACCUCGAUUAUCCGAAGGACACGGGUGGGGAGUAAUUUGUUCGGUUAAUCAAAUU